CCCUCCCCUUCACCACCACGAACAUUGUUGUGGAGUGACGUCAGCUCCAGACGAUGCGGGCGGCCAUUACUGUUGGCUGCUGUGUGAUUCUUAAAUCCAUCUGAGGAGAAGGCCAUGGCCAGGACCACUAGCCAAGUGUAUGAUACUAUGCCUAUUCAGUCCAACGUGGUUAUGUGCCCCUGCCCAUCUCCUUCUCUCGUGAUCAACUCAGAUUCCGGGUCUUCUUCUGCCCUCACAAACUGCAGCACCCGAACAGGCUCCACCAGUGACACUAACACAGCAGAGUCCGUGACGCAGACAGCACAACAACCAACACAACAGCCUCGAAAGAAACGUCCCCAGGACUUCAGGCUUGGCAAAAUCCUUGGUGAAGGAUCCUUUUCAACAGUUGUUUUGGCCAAAGAGAUAUCAACAGGAAGAGAGUAUGCCAUUAAAAUUCUACAGAAGCGUCACAUUGUAAAGGAGAAUAAGGUACCAUAUGUGACCCGAGAAAGAGAUGUAAUGUCACGAUUGGACCACCCGUUCUUCGUCAAGCUAUACUUCACAUUUCAAGAUGUUGAAAAACUAUACUUUGGCCUCAGUUAUGCCAAAAACGGCGAACUACUGAAGUACAUAAGGAAGAUUGGCUCAUUCGAUGAAACCUGCACAAGGUUUUACUCCGCUGAAAUUGUGUGUGCUUUAGAAUACUUACACGAGAAGGGAAUUAUUCACAGAGACCUGAAGCCGGAAAACAUUUUGCUUAGUGAAGACAUGCAUAUUCAGAUUACAGACUUUGGGACAGCAAAGGUGUUGUCGUCUGAUAGCCGUCAAGCUCGGGCAAAUUCAUUUGUCGGAACAGCACAGUAUGUGUCUCCUGAGCUUCUCACAGAAAAAUCAGCAUGUAAAAGUUCGGACCUUUGGGCGCUGGGUUGCAUUAUCUAUCAGUUAGUAGCUGGAUUACCACCUUUCAGAGCUGGCAAUGAAUACCUCAUAUUUCAGAAGAUAAUAAAACUGGAAUAUGACUUUCCAGAAAAAUUCUUCCCCAGAGCUAAAGACCUUGUAGAAAAACUUCUGGUCCAAGACCCUACCAAACGAUUAGGCUGUGAGGAGAUGGGCGGGUAUGGCCCCCUUAAAGCUCAUUCGUUCUUUGAUGGCAUCACGUGGCAAGAUCUACACCUUCAGACUCCUCCAAAACUCACUGCAUACUUGCCUGCAAUGGCGGAAGAUGAUGAAGAGUUUUAUGGAAAUUACGAUGACCUUUUGAGCCAGUUUGGGGGAAUGCAGGUAGCCACAUCUAUAUCCUCCCAAGCUUUACCUGUACCAGAGCCUGUUCAGCCACAGAGAUCCGGUAGUAACAUUGAACAGUACAUUCACGACCUUGACAAUAACUCUUUUGAGCUCGACCUACAGUUCUCAGAGGAGGAAAAGCGGCUUCUGCUAGAGAAACAAGCUGGUGGAAACCAAUGGCAUCAGUUUGUGGAAAACAAUUUAAUACUGAAAAUGGGUCCAGUUGAUAAAAGAAAGGGGUUGUUUGCUCGCCGGCGACAACUUCUUCUUACAGAAGGUCCACACUUAUAUUAUGUGGAUCCAGUAAAUAAAGUCCUAAAAGGAGAAAUUCCAUGGUCACAAGAGCUGCGCCCAGAAGCAAAGAAUUUCAAAACUUUUUUUGUUCAUACUCCUAACCGAACAUAUUACCUGAUGGACCCUAGCGGAAACGCACACAAAUGGUGCAGAAAGAUCCAGGAAGUUUGGCGGCACAGAUACCAGAAUCACCAAAACAGCAGCAUCUAGCAUAGUCUCUUCCACGUCUUGCAAAGCUUCCCUUGUGCUGCUAGAGUCCCUGAUUCAACAGAUGAGCUUUACGUAGCAGAACAGAAGAGAAACCCUUCUCCACUCACCAAGCCACCAUCUCUCUCCCAUGGGAAAGCGUAUGUCAGAAAUAUAUACAUUGAAGAAAAACAAAAAAUGAAGAUAAAACGUGGACAUUAAUGGAAUCCAGGGUUUACCUUGCUUCUUCUCUGUGCUUCUGUUGAGUUACAACAUGCAUAUCGUUGCUGUGGUGAUUUUGCUUUUGUGCACACCGGCUCUAUAUCUUCUGCAACCUAGUGGGUAGGCCUCGCUAUGCCAGCUUAACGUACAGUCGGUAGAAAACACAGAUCAUUGUACUUGUGCACAUUUUUUUUUUUUUUCGUAUACAGUAGUCUGUGGGACCUUCAUCUUGCCAGUUUCCUUUUCUCUGUUUGGCAAUGAGCUAGUCUGAUCAGGGAGCUUUACAACCUGUACAGUAAGGAUCAGGGUGAACCUCUAGGCAUCGGCGCAAGGAUCGUCUUACUUCCGUUCAUAGUGCAUUCGAUAAGGUCAAACACAUGCUUCCAAACGUUCUCGUCUUAGGUGGUACUUUAUACUUACCUGAACUGUGCACCUAUCACACAGACUUAGAAAAAAAGGUGAAGCAGGCUGCAGGGUAAAAAAACAAACAAACAAACAAAAGUAUGUUGACCGUAGCACUGAUUAUAUCAUCGUACAUUUUUAUUUAUGCAUAUAAAUAUAUAUAUAGAUAGAUAUAAAAUUGUAAAGAUGAAAAAUCCUAUAUCCCAGAUUUUAUUCUCACCGUACACUUUUUCUCUUCAGUGCGUCCUGAUAUAGCUGUAGAGCUCCAGCCCUCAAUGCAAUGGAGCUCUCUCUCUCUUUUAUCACCCUGUUAAGAUACAUUACAAGCACUUUGUGGAUUUUAAAAGGCCGACCGUGUU